AUGUCGACCGCCUCGGUGGGGCCCCAGGGCGGCCCUCGCCCACCCACCGCGCCGCCGACCGUUCCCGAACUGCCGGACCUCAGCCAUCUCACGGAGGAGGAGAGGAAAAUAAUCAUGGCCGUGAUGGAUCGGCAGAAGGAGGAAGAGGAGAAAGAGGAAGCCGUGUUAAAGACGCUGCACCAGCAGUUUGAGAGUUAUAAGGAGCAGGUGCGUCGCAUCGGCGUGGAGACGCGGCGCCAGCAGCAGGGCCAGCACAAGGACGACGCCCCCACCUGCGGCAUCUGCCGCAAGACCAAGUUCGCCGACGGCUGCGGACACCACUGCUCCUACUGCCAGACCAAAUUCUGCGCCCGCUGUGGCGGACGUGUCUCCCUGCGCUCCAACAAUGAGGACAAAGUGGUAAUGUGGGUAUGCAACCUGUGCCGUAAGCAACAGGAGAUCCUCACCAAAUCGGGAGAAUGGUUUUCGGGGCCAGGGGCGAGGCAGAUGAGCCUGGAUGGCGGCCUGAACGCCCCGCCCACGGGGGGUGACACCCAACGGGGGGACAGGAACCUACUCCGCUCCAGGUCCCAGGCCCCGCCCUCUUCCAGCGGUAACGCAGGGGCGGCGCCCAACGGAACGCAUCAGCCGCCAACGGUACCGGCCAAGGGAGCGUUGGACACCAUGCCGGCGUCACGCGCUCGGAGCGAACCACCACGAGACAAGAAAAGACCUGUGUCCCUCCAUGAGCAGAACGGUAAGCCCGGUGGUCCUGGUCGUGGUAGAGGAGGCCGGGGACCCCCAGGGAAGCUUCAGACCGUGGCCUCCCAGGAGGAGUUCUGUGGUCCAGGGGACAUAGACUGGCGGGACGGCCGGCACCUGGAGAAGGUCCGCUCCCAUGACUACCCCGACGGUGGCGACCAAGGAAAUCGCCCCGACCUCCGGAGACGCCCCCCGGAGGAGGAUGAGCUGGAGCGCAAGCGGCGCCAGGAGGAGGAGUUCCAGACGCGUUACCGCAGCGACCCCAACCUGGCGCGCUACCCGGUCAAGCCGCAGAAGGAGGAGCAGGAGAUGCGCAUGCACGCCAAGGUGUCGAAGGUGCGCCACGAGCGGCGCCACAGCAACAACGCCAUCAAUGAGGUGGGGCUGGAGGGCGGGGGAGGAGGGGGAGGGAACAUGGGGGAUGUGCCUGAGAAUCGUCUCCGGAGGGGCGGCGGUGGGGGUGGUGGAGAACCGGACCGCAAGGCAUCCUUGGAGAACCACCGCGCCUACUCCAUGGACAGGACCGUGGGGGGUGGUGGGGGUGGCGGAAUGGGGCAGGGACCCCAGGGAGGUCCCCCUCCCCUCAAACAGAACCAGAACCACGGACCCCUUCAACCAUCCGGUGGUGGCCUACGAACGGGCCCCCAUCCUGGUGCUUCUCACCCCCACCAAGGACCCCCUCCUCCAGCAGGCUGGGACCCCCCUAAGGGACCCCACCCCAGCCAGCUGGACCCCAAUUCCCAGGCAGCCAUGAUGCACAAGGCUAGGAGGGAGAAGUCCGGGGACAGCCUGCUGCGGAAGGACUCCCAGAGCUCGGACCAGUCAGAGUCGCUGCGGCCGCCCCCACCCAGGCCCUACAAGAGCAAACGGGGCGUCAACAAGAGGCAGAUGUCUAUCAGCAGCUCAGAGGAGGAGGGCGCCUCCACGCCCGAGUACACCAGCUGUGAGGACGUGGACAUGGAGAGCGUCAGUGAGAAAGGUGAUUGGGACUGCCAUCCUCUGGAUCCUGCUGUGUGGCAUGUAAGAAUUAAAUCUCCCCCUCUACAGCAUCCAGUGACAUGGCAGCCGUCCAAGGAGGGCGACCACUUAAUAGGACGCAUCACUCUGAGCAAAAGGUCGGCCAUGCCCCGCGAGGCAGGCUCCUUACUAGGGUUAAAGGUUGUGGGUGGGAAGAUGACAGAGACAGGGAGACUGGGGGCCUUCAUCACCAAAGUCAAGAAAGGAAGUCUGGCGGACAUUGUUGGCCACCUACGAGCUGGUGAUGAGGUACUGCAGUGGAACGGGAAGUCGUUGCCGGGAGCAACCAAGAAGGAAGUGUACAACAUCAUUCUGGAAUCCAAGGCGGAGCCUCAAGUGGAAAUAGUUGUCUCAAGGCCUAUUGGAGACAUACCAAGAAUUCCAGAAACAUCACAUCCUCCUUUAGAAUCGAGUAAGUCGGGCUCCAGUUCCUUUGAGUCUCAGAAGAUGGAGCGUCCCUCCAUAUCGGUCAUGUCCCCCACCAGCCCUGCUACCCUCAGAGCCCUCCCCGUCAUCCUGCCUGGACAGCUCUCUGUAAAGCUGUGGUAUGACAAAGUGGGCCAUCAACUGAUCGUCAACGUCCUUCAAGCCAUAGACCUGCCCCCCCGACCGGACGGGCGGCCCAGGAACCCCUACGUCAAGAUGUACUUCCUCCCUGACCGAAGUGAUAAGAGCAAGCGCAGGACCAAGACGGUAAAGAAGAGCGCUGGGCCCAAGUGGAACCAGACGUUCCUGUACUCUCACGUCCACCGCAGGGACUUCAGAGAACGCAUGCUGGAGAUCACUGUCUGGGACCAACCUAGAAUACAGGAGGAGGAGAGUGACUUCCUGGGAGAGAUCCUGAUAGAGCUGGAGACUGCCCUGCUGGACGACGUUCCUCACUGGUAUAAACUCCAGACCCACGACGUGACCUCUCUACCUCUGCCCCAGCCAUCCCCUUACCUCCCGCGCAGACACGCCUCUCACGACAGCCCCAGCAAGAAACUACAGAGGUCCCAUCGCAUCAUUGACACAGAGUUUGAUGAUACAGGUAUAGCGGUAGUAUCUGAAGGUGCAGAGCGUAACUCGAGGGAGAGGGAGAGGAACAGCACCCUGACUGUCCCAGAGCAGCAGAGACUGGCCCAGCACCGCUCCAGAUCUGUGUCCCCUCACCGCGAGGACAUAACAAGGGCCCGCUCCCGCCCUGCACACGUCCCCAUGCAGAGGAGUCUGGAUGAGAUCCAUCAGAACCGCCACCACUCCUGCUCCCCCGCUCGUUACCAUGACUCCCACGGGGAGCACCGCUCCGGGGACUCGGAUUACGAGUACUCCGAGGACAGCAACACCCUCCCUGCAUGCCUAAAGAGCAAGCCUCCCCGGGGGCAUCAGGGAGGGGGCGGUCCCGCCGCCCGUAGCGUCCUCACGCACCGUGUGCUCAGGUUCACUGAUGAGGUCACCGUUAGUGAUCUGCAGCCCAGUCUGGACCGGGUGAGGAGUGCCAGCACCACCUGCCUCAGACCUGACACCAACCUCCACUCUCCUGAUAAAGACAGAUGCUCCAACUCUCUGCCCCGCAGACAGCCCACAAGCCCCAGGAUUUUAGUAGAGCAGGCCUCCCCAGAGGAAGAAAGGCAGUCAGGGAGCCUGGGCAGACCUAACAGUCAGAGAGGUGACAGCAAGAAAGGCCUGGAGGCUGACAGAACACACACCCACAGCCCCUCCCCUCCUACGGGGACUCCCCAGUCAGGUCGCAGGGGCAGACAGCUGCCACAGGUUCCUGCCAGAAGCAGCAGUGUAGAGCAAGCUCUAGCAGUAGAGGAGCGAGCCAGACAGAUGAACAUGAAAGUACAUUCCUACCGGCCUUCAGCCUCCCAUGACCCCGAGACGGACCUCAAGACCAAACGAGAGAUGUAUGCGGAUCAGCGGCGGAGCUCUGACAACGUGUCGGCCCGCUCGUCAGACAGCGACAUGAGUGACGCAUCGGCCCUAUCCCGCGCCAGCAGUGCCUCACGCCUCAGCAGCACCUCCUACAUGUCCAUCCAAUCAGAACGCCCGCGCGGGCGGCUCAGCUCUCUGUGUACACCCAAGGGCCAGCCUCGGCAGGUUCGUGCGGCGCCAGGCCGGACCAUGCUGAAGAGCACAAGUGUGAGCGGUGAGAUCUACGCGUCAGAGCGUACCGACGGCAGCCAAUCGGAUACGGCGCUGGGCACAGUGGGCAUGGGUGGCAAGAAGAGACGCUCCAGCCUCAGUGCCAGGGUGGUCUCCAUCGUCUCCAACAGACGUAGUCGCAGCACGUCGCAGAUCGUCGGCCCGGAGGGGAAGGGGAAGAAGGAGAAGGGUGCAUCCAUCCAGAGGAGCACAGAGACGGGCAUGGCUGUAGAGAUGACCAGGAACAUGAGUCGACAGUCCAGUAAAGAGUCCACCAACGGCACCAUGAACAGCUGCAACUCCGAGGGAAAUCUGCUUUUCGGUGGGGUGCGUCUGGGACAGCCAGGCAACCAGUUCAGCGACUUCCUGGAUGGCCUGGGUCCUGCCCAGCUGGUGGGCAGACAAACGCUUGCCACACCUGCCAUAGGUGAUAUUCAGAUCGGGAUGAUGGACAAGAAGGGCCAGCUGGAGGUGGAGGUGAUCAGAGCUCGGGGCCUUGUACAAAAGCCUGGAUCCAAAUCCCUCCCUGCUCCAUACGUCAAGGUCUAUCUGUUGAAUAAUGGAGCGUAUGUAGCCAAAAAGAAAACCAAGAUUGCACGGAAAACGCUCGACCCGCUGUACCAGCAAGCGCUGCAAUUCGAGGAGAGCCCACAGGGUAAAGUCUUACAGGUGAUCGUCUGGGGAGACUACGGACGAAUGGACCACAAAAGCUUCAUGGGAGUUGCACAAAUCCUAUUGGAGGAACUAGACUUAACGAGCACAGUGAUUGGCUGGUACAAGUUGUUCCCACCCUCCUCCUUAGUGGACCCCACACUAGCCUCCCUGACUCGACGUGCUUCCCAGUCGUCAUUGGACAGCUCCUCGGGCCCACCAGGCACCCGAUCCUAGUGGACCAAUAGGACUACAGCUACCAAUCUUAAUGGACCAAUGGGACUAUGGCUAGCCUACCGCUUUGUGAAACGAAUUAACGUCACUUUAGAGAUUAACGGACAAAAAUUAUUCUAGAACAACAACAAUCAAGAA